AGACUGAGAAACUUCAGCUCUGCUCACAAUAGAGGAGCUGCGCGAGGCAGAAAGUUGACACUGAUUUAGAGGGUGAGAGAGAGAGAGUGAAAGAGGGCACUCCUGAGUGACGCCCACAGGAAGUGACUGUAGCACCCAUCUCCCCCGGAGUGCUCACCUGGACAGGACCAGCAGGCACCAUGGUGCCACUCCUUCAGUAGGAUGUAGAAAACAGAAGAAGAGGAGGAGAGACAGAGAGAGAGAGAGAGAGAGAGAGAGAGAGAAGACAGCGGAAAGCUAGAGAGUGUGUGAGUGAACAACAAGAACCAUAGAGAGAAGAGAAAGAGAGAGACACAGAGGGAAUUGGUGGCUGGUUCACUCUCCUCUCCAUAAUCAGAAUUGAUUUCACUGAACAACAUGUGUCACGUGAUCGUGACGUGCCGUUCCAUGCUCUGGACUCUUCUCAGCAUUGUGGCAGCCUUCAGUGAGCUGAUCGCCUUCAUGAGCACCGAUUGGCUGGUGGGAUUCCCGCGGACCCCCGACGCAGUCAUCUCCUCACACGGGGCGUCGGCAGCGGGGGAGGCUUACCGCCCCACGCUGGGCCUGUAUGGACGCUGCAUCCGGCUGCCUCAGCUGCGGCGUGGCGUGCUGUGCGGCCCGUACGCCGUGCACUUUGGCGAGAUCGCCAGCGGCUUCUGGCAGGCCGCCUCCAUCUUCCUGGCCGCAGGAAUCCUCCUGCUGUGCGCCGUCGCCUUCAUCUCUGUCUUCACCAUGUGUUUUCAGAGCAUCAUGAAGAAGAGUAUCUUCAAUGUGUGUGGACUACUGCAGGCCAUCGCAGGUCUGUUUCUGAUCCUGGGGCUGAUGCUGUACCCUGCUGGUUGGGGUUCGGAUAAGGUGCAGCUGUACUGCGGCCCGGACGCCUCUCCCUAUAAGCUGGGGCUGUGCUCCAUGGGCUGGGCCUUCUACACAGCACUGGGAGGCACCGUCCUCACCUUCAUCUGCGCCGUCUUCUCCGCGCAGGCUGAGAUCGCCACCUCCAGUGACAAAGUGCAGGAGGAGAUUGAGGAAGGCAAGAGCCUCAUUUGCCUGCUCUGAGGCCCAAAUGAGAAAAUGACAGAAGAGAGUGAGUGAGAGCUUCUCCAGUGUGGCCUUACUGUGAGCCAUGAAUGAAUAAAGGAUGAAGUUCCCCCCCGGGACGACCCCCUACCCCAAAACCUGUUUUCUCCUUAAUCGGACAGUGCCCUCUUAGACCUUUUUGUGUUCUAAUGUGGGAGAAAUAUGCUGUGCCAAAGCUUCUUGUGUUGUUUUUCUUUUCUAUUCGAGUUCUUUUUUUUGCCUUGAUGUUUUAUUUUCCAGGACUGACUGUCCUCUGAAUGCUAAAAUGAAUUGUAAAUAUGUGUGUAUAUAUUGUACAUAAUGAUGAUGAUGAUGAUGAUGAUGAUUGAUUGCGUUAAGAUGAAGAGGAACAUCUCAGUUUGAGCUUAGCGUUGGUUUGAGAACUGAUGCUCUUUAGCAUAUAACGGUGCUGAAACUUUGGAACCACUAUCUCAGAGAAAAGAGCUCUUCUUUGGCCCCCCGAUUGACUAGAAUACUGUGUUCAGAAAAGCUGUACCUCUCAGCAGCGGCCUUUUCUGCUGUGGCUGGAAUUGAUUUUUUUUUACAGAUUCCAACCAGCAACAAAGACUUUCCCAUUUUUUUCUGGUCCUGGGUCAGUUCAUCCCUCCGGACACAACUAAAGCACUACUGGAGCUGGUGUGGUUUUGCUAGGGGAGGCUGGGUAACAUACAAAGAGCUGUUGGUGUCUAUUAGCAGGUUUCAGCUAGUGUGAAGUGGACUAUAACAGGACUACUAUUGCAGAGGUAGCUCUGGUUGAGCCAACUAAAGAAGUUCUCCCAGCUUACACACUGGCUCCAGAGCCGUUUGUGUGUGUGUGUGUGUGUGUGUGUGUGUGUGUGUGUGUGUGUUUGUGUGUGCGCUUGUGUGUGAGUGUGUGCUAUAGUCCACUACCACAAUAAUCACCAGCCAUAUCACCUUCACUCUCUGCCAAAUAAAUAAACCUGACCGAACUGUG